UGCAUCGGGUUUCUAACAUGGCGGCGUGUGAAUAGGCCCUAUCUCCAGAGCGGGGUGGGGGACGGGACGGUUCGGUUCCUUCCUUUGAACCAAGAUGCCGAAAGUGGUGUCUCGCAGUGUGGUGUGUUCCGACACCCGGGACCGCGAGGAAUACGACGAUGGCGAGAAACCCCUACAUGUUUAUUACUGUCUGUGCGGACAGAUGGUGCUGGUCCUUGAUUGUCAUUUGGAGAAACUGCCCAUGAGACCGCAAGACCGAGCACGUGUUAUUGAUGCAUCCAAGCAUGCUCAUAAGUUCUGUAAUGUUGAGGAAGAUGAGAGCAUUUAUCUUCGACGGCCACAAGGGAUAGAAAAACAAUUCAGGAAAAAAUGUGGAAAAUGUGGACUGCUCCUCUUUUAUCAGCAUCAACAGAAGAAUACUCCCGUUACAUUUAUUGUAGAUGGUGCUUUGGUGAAAUUUGGACAAGGAUUUGGCACCACGAGUAUAUACAGCCAAAAGCAGGAACCACCAAAGAAGGUAAUGAUGACAAAGAGGACCAAAGACAUGGGUAAAUUCAGCUCUGUCACUGUGUCCACCAUUGAUGAAGAGGAAGAGGAGAUCGAAGCAAGGGAGAUUGCUGAUUCCUAUGCACAGAACGCCAAAGUGAUUGAGAAGCAGCUGGAAAGAAAAGGCAUGAGCAAGAAGAGACUGCAGGAACUGGCGGAAUUAGAGGCAAAGAAAGCCAAGAUGAAAGGUACCCUGAUCGACAAUCAGUUUAAGUGAUCACCGUCAUAGACUCCUGGUGGAUUCUUCCUACAAUCUCAAUGACAAGUGGUCAACCAAACAUCUUCAGAGAUUCUGUUAUUGGAUGAAGUAGCUUUAAAUUAAAGAGGAUCACUUUAAUCUGUUUCAUUUAAUCUGUAGAGACUAAAGAUGGGCAAUGAAAAGGAAGAACUUAUAGAUGUUUGAAUGUUGUUGAUUCUCUAUUAAGGCUGUGCUUUGUAUAAAAAAGGACUGUCAUGCAUUUUUUAAUUUGCAUUUGUAUAAUUAUCUAAGUGUGUACGUCAUGUAAUUGACAUAAUCUUAGAUAAACGGUAUACAAGUGUGUU